UCUCAGUCACAUCUCCGUCUCACCUUCUCUUUUUCUCUGCUCAUCUUUCCCACGCGCAGACAAAGAGGUUAUCAGGUUAGGUUCAAGAGAUCAAGAGGUUAUCAGGUUUUGCAGCUUCCAAGCUUAUUACAUGGAUGAGAAGUGGAAAAUAUCAAAGAAGGAAGCUUCGGGUAUCCAUUGUUCAUCAAGUUCUUCAAAGUUUUCCUCUCUCACGAGGAGUUUUUCAACGAAGAGCAUUUCUUCCAAGUCUCCUCUCCUUAGGAGUUCUUCACAGAAGAGCUCAUGUUCUUCUUCUUCCUCCUCAUCUAAAUAUCCACUACCCCGAAGUUUUUCGCAGAAGAGCUCAUCUAUUUCGCGUAAAUGUAGUAGCUUGGCCAAGGAACAGAAGGCAAGAUUUUACAUUAUGAGGCGCUGUGUUGCCAUGCUUGUUUGCUGGCAUAAGCAUGGAGAUUCUUGAAGGACAAGAGAUGGAGAUGAUCAUAUAUAUAUAUAUAUAGAUCGGCAGGGAAGGAUCCUCCAGGUUCCUUUCCCUCUUCUCCACUUGUUUCUGCAGGAUGGUUCUUGGUCGUGUUUGUCUGGAAACUCAUGGAUUUCCAUCCAUUGGAUCAGGAACAGAUAAAAAUGUCACAGAGUUUUCCUUGCUUACCUCCAAUUUUUAGUUCAGUUCUGUUUGUAAUUAUAAAUGAGAGAGGGCUACAAGUUUUAUAGCUGUAAGAAAAGACUAUAUGGACAAAUAGAUUUUCUGUCAAAUCUUUAAACUAGCAAGACUUUUUUCUAAUCUUUUCUUCCUCCUUUUUCUCCCAGUGGUUUCUUUUUGUUUUCCCCUUGAGACAUUAAUCAAAAACAGAUCUCAAUAUCA